AUGGCUCCAAAAUCCUCGGCUACUGGCAGGGAGAGGACCACCAUUGAAGAGGAUGAUGUUCUUCAAGCUAUCAUCCUCGCAGAUAGCUUUAACAAACGAUUUUCGCCGUUGACGCAGCACAAGCCUAGGUGCUUGUUACCUGUCUGCAAUGCCCCAUUACUGGACUGGACGUUCGAGAGUCUCGCUCUUGCAGGUGUUCAAGAAAUAUUUGUGGUAUGUCGCUCGCAUGCCGAGCUCGUCAAAGCCGUCAUAAAAAACUCGAAAUGGUCCAAACCAAGCACGGGCCUGAAGAUCGUACCGAUCGUAACCGCCAAGGAGACAUUCUCCCCCGGCGAUGCGAUGCGAGACAUCUAUACGCAUGGAAUCAUCACCUCCGACUUUGUGCUUGUCACGGGCGACUUGACGAAUAAGGAUGCAAUCAUGACGAUGGUGGUGAAGGAGAGUGGGGCGAGGCAUCGAACAAGAUCAAGAGCCGAAUCCGCCGUGUUUGUGGUUGACCCGAAGACAUCAGAGUGUCUCUAUUAUGAGGCUGUGAUGGGCUAUCCGCCCAAGAAGAACGACCUUAUAGACUGUUCAAUAGACGUUUGCUCUGUGGAGGUUCCUUCUUUGUUCCAGGACAACUUCGAUUACGGUGACCUACGGAGAGAUUUUGUACAUGGGGUUCUUAUGUCCGACCUUCUUAUGAAAAACAUACACUGCUACAUCGCAAAAGAUGGGUAUGCAGCGCGAGUGAAAGACACGAGGAGUUACGAUGCGAUAAGCAAGGAUAUCCUCUCUCGCUGGACCUUCCCGCUUGUCCCGGAUGACAACCAUCCGGGAGGACACUCGUACGAACAUAUACGUGGCAAUAAGUACAUCGCGAAGGAUAAUACUGUCGCGCUUUCUAGAACGUGCAAAAUUGGGAACAAUACCCUCAUAGGCUCUCAAUGCCUGAUAUCUGAUAAUGCUCAGAUUUUAUCUUCAGUUCUUGGUCAGCGGUGCACCAUCGGGGCCGGGUCUGUCAUUCGGAACUCUUAUCUCUUCGAUGAGGUAGUCGUAGGACCGAACUGUGCAAUAGAGUACAGUAUUCUGGCAGCGGGAGUACAGGUGAAGGACGGGAGCCGCAUCGAGAAGGGGUGCUUGGUUGCGGAUGGGGUCGUCAUUGGACCACAAGCGCGACUGAAACCCUUUGAGAGGCUUUCGAGAAGGUUGUUGGAGAAGAAGCAUGACCACGAACAGGAAGAAGACGGAGGCGAAGAAAACGAAGGCGAAGGCGAAGAAGGAGACGAAGACGAAGACGACGAAGAAUCCGAGGAUGACGAUGAGAAUCAGGAUCCAGAAGCGUUAAAGAGACUUGGUCCUGGCAGUAAUGCAGUUAUUUGGCCACAACCUUCAAUCAACGAAGAUGAAGAGAUAGACGAAGUAGAGCACCCAACGAACUUAAGGCUCAUGCGUCUCGGUAUUAUUUCCAGUCUGACCAAUGAUUUACCGCCUCACCGGAAAUACUGUACAGGGGAUGACACAUCCGACCUCUAUCUCUCGGAUGCAGGCUCAGAAACCUCCGAAUCCGACUCAGACGAUGACGACCAUUUCGACGACUCCGAUCCCUCCUCGUCAGUCACUUCCCUCCCGCUUGCUGACACAUCGAACCUUGUCCAGCAAGCCGAUGAAGCUGCGUUCAUCGAGUUCCAACAUGAAGUCGAAUUAUCACUCGAUCGUGCGUUUGCAGAAGGUCAUUCUGUUGAUAACGCUUCAGUUGAGCUGAAGACGCUGCGCAUGGCGCACAACGUCCCGCUCCGGAGAGUCCGAGAAGCUGUUGUUGCUGCCAUCGUGAACCAAAUAAAGAUCGUGGAGGGUGGUGGCCCUGCGCAGCGCCAGGAAAUUGCGGCCGUAGUGAGCAGAUGGGGCGCACUUAUUGAUAAGAUCGGAGGAGUGGAUGCUACGGAGACCAUUGAAGUGUUGCAGGAGUGCUGUGCGUCCUCUGAGCGGCUUCCCUUGUUUGGACAGAUCCUUGCUGCGCUAUACCAAGAAGACGUAGUGGAAGAGGAUGAUAUACGUGCUUGGCACAAGAAACCUCAAUCUUGCGGUGAUGAUCAAAAAUCAGCAACGCUGCAGAAUAACUUCAAAAAGUGCUGGAACGCCGGAGCUUUUAUGAUCAAGCAGUUUGACGAGCAGGAGAGUGACGAGGAGUCGGAUGAAGAGGACACUGCUACUUCGGCGCCCUCGACUCGGACGACAACUACCACACAACGAGAAAGUUCAGAGGAGUCCGAUGACGAAGCAGAAGAAUCGGAAGAAGACGGGGUCGGAUCCGAUGAAGCGUCUGAAAAUGAGAGCGAAUGA